GGAGUCCUCGCUCCCGCUCGGCUGCAUUUUCCGGCCCCACCCGUUCUGUGCUGGGUCCUCGACCCUGGGCCGGAGGCGGCGCCCUCGAAGUGUGGCGGGACGGCCGGUCGCCGGGUCAGGGAGCGCGCUCGUUCAGGACCGGGAGGCUCAGGCACCCCAGCGCACCGGUCGGCUCUCCGCCGCCCCCGUGGUGCAGCGAGGGGCGGUGCCCGCCGUGGCCACAUCCCCAGCCCCGACUUGGCUCCGGCUGUCCGGGGUCUCGCAGAAGCCGUAGAGGUGUGCUUGGCGCCUGAGAGCUAGACGAAGUCUUCAGUUCCCGGAGGAGCCGAAGGUCUUUUGUGGACCUACGUGGGGGAAGAAGAGCUGGCUGUGACCUCUGCCCUGUCCUGAAGGCUCCGGCCUUGGGCUAAAUGGCAGCACCCCCGCUGGGCCGUCUGGUGCUGACCCACGUGCUGGUAGCCCUCUUUGGCAUGGGCUCAUGGGCUGCCAUCAACGGGAUCUGGGUGGAGCUGCCUGUGGUGGUGAAAGACCUCCCCGAGGGUUGGAGUCUCCCCUCCUACCUCUCUGUGCUUGUGGCACUGGGGAACCUGGGUCUGCUGGUGGUGACCCUGUGGAGGCGGCUGGCCCCGGGCAAGGGCGAGAGGGCCCCCAUCCAAGUGGUGCAGGCGCUGAGUGUGGUGGGCACGGCCCUGCUGGCCCCCCUGUGGCCCCACGUGGCAGCAGUGGCGGGGCAGGAGUACUCAGUGGCCUUCCUGACUCUCUCCUUCGUGCUGGCGCUGGCCUGUUGUGCUUCGAAUGUCACGUUCCUGCCCUUCCUGAGCCGCUUGCCGCCUUCCUUCCUGCGGUCCUUCUUCCUGGGUCAGGGCCUCAGCGCCCUGCUGCCCUGUGUGCUGGCCCUAGUGCAGGGUGUGGGUCGCCUCGAGUGCCCACCAACCCCCACCAAUGGCACUCCUGGGCCCCCCAUUGACUUCCCAGAGCGUUUUCCUGCCAGCACUUUUUUUGGGGUAUUGUCCGCCCUAUUAGUCGUUUCAGCUGCCGCCUUUCAGGGUCUCCUGGUGCUGUUGCCAUCACCACCGCCUGUACCCACAGGAGGCCCAGGGCCUGGCCUGCAGGCGGGAGCCCCUGGAGUGGAGGAAGAGGAAGAGGCCUCACCCCUGCAGGAGUCUCCCAGCAAGGCGGCAGGCACCACCUGCAGCCCAGAACCUGCGGCCCAUCGGCUGCUCUCCACCCGUAGUGUCUGCCUGCUGGGCCUGCUGGCCGUCACCAACGCUCUGACCAAUGGCGUGUUGCCUGCUGUGCAGAGCUAUUCCUGCUUGCCCUAUGGGCGCCCAGCCUACCACUUGGCUGUGGUGCUGGGCAGUGCCGCCAACCCCCUCGCCUGCUUCCUGGCCAUGGGUAUUCUAUGCAGGUCCCUGGCAGGGCUGGGCAGUCUCUGCCUGCUGGGCAUGCUCUUUGGGGCCUACCUGAUGGCGCUGGCAAUCCUGAGCCCCUGCCCACCUCUGGUGGGCACCUCUGCAGGCGUGGUCCUUGUGGUGGUGUCGUGGGUUCUGUGUCUCGGCGUGUUCUCAUACGUGAAGGUGGCUUCCAGCUCCCUGCUGCAUGGGGGGGGCCAGCAGUCGUUGCUGGCAGCUGGCGUGACCAUCCAGGUGGGCUCUCUGCUCGGCGCCGUGGCCAUGUUCCCUCCCACCAGCAUCUACCAUGUGUUCCGCAGCGGGAAGGACUGUGUGGACCCUUGUGGCCCCUAAGCCUGAGCAGGUGGGGACUCCGCUCCACUCCACUUGUCUUCAGGUUGGGGUUGCCACAGUGCCUGCGUGCCCACAGCCCAGGGAGGCCCACCCUACAAGCAGCCUGCUCACGGAUGCCUGCGUACUCCACGGGAGAACCUGGCAC